ACAACAUAAACUCCAAUUCAAUAUGUCAUCAGCAGCACAGGCUGGACAGAAGCGCCUAAGCAACUUGAAGACCGAAUUGUUGAACGAGCAGAAGCAGGAAAUCAGAGAGGCGUUUUCGCUUUUCGAUAUGAAUAACGACGGGUGCUUGGAUUACCACGAAUUGAAGGUGGCUUUCCGAGCCCUUGGUUUCGAUCUCUCCAAACGCCAGGUGUUGGACAUCAUACACGAGUAUGAUACCGACGACCGCAACUUGAUCACAUACGAAAACUUCUUCCAGGCGGUAGGAGAGAUGAUAGUCAACAGAGACCCAUUGGAGGAGAUUCGAAGAGCGUUCCGGCUUUUUGACGACGACGGCACCGGCAAAAUCACCCUCAGGAACUUGAGACGAGUGGCCAAGGAGUUGGGGGAGAAUUUGACCGACGACGAGUUGCGGGCGAUGAUAGACGAGUUUGACCUUGAUGAGGACGGAGAAAUAAACGAACAGGAGUUCAUCAACAUAUGUACGGAAUAGGUGUAUUAGUAGAAUAAUAAAUCAGCUUGUAAGC